AUGACUACAGCCCACAGACCUACUUUUGACCCGGCGCAAGGCAAAGAAGCCCUCCGCGGCCCGGCCUACCACCAGCGACUCCUCCCUGCGCAUAAACACCUGAAAGUCCGCCAACCUGGACAAGGCGGCGCCGCCGACGCAGACCCAUCGCCCCGUGACCUUCGCGCAGAGCUUCUCCAAGCUGAGGCAGCGCACUUUGCCAAGAAGAAUGGCGUUCCCGUCGAACAACCAGCUAUUGCUGAAUCCUCAGCCCCUAAGCGACAAAUUGAAGCUGCGCCACAAGAUGGAAGCGAUGGCGACAUACAGGAAGAAGACCCAGAGGCCAAACGCCGACGCAUAUUGGAGGAGACGCGUGACAUAGAUGCCGAUUCAGACGAGUCAGAAGACAGCAGUGACGAGGAUAGCGACGAGGAAGACGAAGCAGCCGAGUUAAUGCGGGAGCUUGAGAAGAUUAAAAAAGAGCGAUUGGAACAAAAGGAAAAAGAGGAGCGUGAACGGGCAGCCGAAGAAGAAGAGAAGCGUGAGGUUGACAUCGCGCGCGGAAAUCCUCUGCUCAAUUCCCAGGAUUUCAGCAUGAAACGGCGUUGGGAUGACGAUGUUGUGUUCAAGAACCAGGCUCGGGGAACAGAGAACAGAGAUGGCAAGGAAUUCGUCAACGAUCUUCUUCGUUCUGAUUUCCACAAGCGCUUCAUGGGAAAAUACGUGCGUUAG